AUGGACCCCGUAAUCACAAGAACCGCCAUCAAAGAAUUUCUGACCACUCUGGGAGUUUCAACCCCUAUACACGUCCAUGACGCCGAACUGAGAUCUAGGGUGAAAAAUAUCACCAGCAGGUGGGACAAUGAGGCGACUCUGUGUCCUUACAUCAUCGCCGGGAUCACUUUGGCAGAGACCGCAUACAGCCACGUACGCAAUUUCGAGACCAAAGUUACGAUUGCGGUCUUCAACGCGCUCAUCAUAAGCAUGGACGAGCCACAUAUCUACGAGUCCAUGGGUGCCGAAGACUUUCCUCGGCGGCUUUGUCAACUAUCUGCCAAUGACACCUCAGGACACUUGCGAACUUUAAAGGGGCUUCUAGACGACAUGUGGGAUCAAUUUCUCCCCUAUACUGCCUGCGCUAUAAUGGCAGACACUUUGAGAUACGUCAAUGGGACGUUUCUAGAAAUGAACGCGCGAAGCGAUGCUAUGAACUUGCGAUCGCGCUUGUUCGUGGAAUAUCAACGGGACCUUGCGAGCAUGCCGGAAACCUUCGUAUUGUUCAUUUGGGAGAAAGAUCGUUUUCCGGAUGUCACGAUCUAUGUUCAGGCAAUUCCGGAGGCCAUGACCUUUUUCAAGUACACGAAUGACGUCCUGUCGUUCUACAAGGAAGAGUUGAACGGAGAUGUGGACAACUACAUUCAUGGUAGAGCUCACGUUUCGGAAAAAUCUGUCCCAGAUACGCUCCAGGAUGUGGCUUACGAAGCUGUAGCUGCGGCUCAGCGGGUGCGUGAAAUUUUAGGCAAAGGCGCUGCAAGGGAUGCUUGGGAGCAAUUUGUGCAGGGAUUUGUCAACUUCCACACGUGCAGUCCGCGCUAUCGUCUUCGAGAGAUUCUAGACGGCGAGUAA